CACAUAAUUUAAUGCCAGCAUACGGCUUACAGAAAAUUAUACACAAACGAGUCAAAGCAGCCCAGCUAUUAGUUGACUUCGAAAACUGUAUAUUUAUAAAUGUAAGUCAAUAUUGUAGAACUGUUGAACAACUAUAGCAGAAAUGGAGGCGGCGGAAGUCGACCCAAAACGCACUAAAAGUUAUGUGGAGGAGGUAUUUCGCCGAUUGAAGGAAAAGCCCGGCGUAGAGGACAUAUUGAUUAUGAAUCACUCGGGGGUUCCGGUAAAGACCUCGAUGGAUCGUCAGGAGAGCUUGCAGUACGCCUGUCUGUACGACAAUUUGCGUGAAAAGUGCCAGGCAUUCCUUUCCAAAUUGGAGCCAGCUCAAACCUUAACCUUCUUGAGAGUUCGUACCAAAUACCAUGAGGUGCUAAUCACACCAGAUGCCAAGAUCACCGUUUUAGUGGUCCAAAAUGCCAAAGAUACAUUCAUUAACAUGAACGCCUUGCACUAAUACACAUUUCAAAUUGGAACUUCUCCCUGUUCUUACACAUUUUAUUUACGGUGGCCAGUACUGUUUAUCCCUAACUAAUCAAACAAUAACGAAAUCCUAAUAAAGGUUCAAAGUCGAGCAUUGAAGAGCA